AUGGGCCACUCCUCCUUUGCCUGUGCAGAGCGCCAGAUCUUCGGCAACCCCACGAAAACGAGCGGCCAAACGGGCACCUGCGGCAGGGGUGCGACGGCCGGCAAGAAGGCGAGAGCCGCCACGGCCAGCAAGAAGCGAAAGAGCGAGCCCCAGUCUGCUUUCGACCUGCUCGACCUCGACGGGACCGGACGUGUCGCGGCGCACGAGUUGCGGGGUGUGAUGAGUGCUCUCGGCUACGAGGACAAGAGCGAAGACAUCAAGCGCAUCAUUGGCGAGCUCGAGGACGGACCCGAGGGCUUCGUCGACGUGCGCAAGUUCGAGCAGGCCUUCACGGCGCUGCUGACCGAGAAGGACAUGGGUACGGAGAUCGAGAGGGCGUUCAAGCUGUUCGAUGUCGAGAAGAAGGGCAUGAUCACGCUGAGCUCUCUGCGACGAGUAGCGCAAGAAGUUGGCGAGAAGCUCAGCGAGGACGAGCUCCACGAAAUGAUCCUCCUCGCCGAUCGCGCCAAGGCACCCCCCCCCCACUCUCCUCCCUUCCCGCCCACGGGAGCAGCGUCCGUACUGAUGGCGGUCUGCACGGUCAUGGCGCCCACGCCGUAUUGGUUGGAGGUGACAGGGGCGCGGAUCUGCUCGUUCACGGUGUCGAGCUUGGGCGCGUUAAGCGCCCGAUCGACGUGGAUGGCCGCCGAACCCACCGUGCCGUGCACCCGCACGUUCUGGCCGUUCUCCACGUUGGAGAACCCCGUCACCGGACUGUGCACCAUCGCACGGGUGGUGGUGGUGGUGUCUUGCCUGUGGUUCUUGCAGUAG